AUUGUUUUUCAUCAGGUUUUUCCGUGCCUGGGAGAAGACUCAAGAUGCCAGGAAGGUGAGUAGCCAAUGUUAGUCAGCUAACUACCGAUGUUCGCUAUCUGCCACUGUUAACGAUACUGAUUUGUUUAGGGCUGACCCCCAUUUAGUUGUUUGGUCGAUAGGCUGUUGGUCGAGAAGUCGCACUUUUUAUUUUUUCAUGGUGCACAAGACACCUGUCUGAUUCGCCCUGUCUCAGUAGACUAAUCCAUUGCGGACGCCACGGGGAUGGCACAGUCCAUCACUAUGACGUGAUACUGAAAUUGUAUAUGAAAAUGGAUGCACUCAUUUACAUUUACGUCAUUUAGCAGACGCUCUUAUCCAGAGCGAUUUACAUGAGCAAUUAGGGUUAAAUGCCUUGCUUAAGGGCACAUCGACAGAUUUUUCACCUAGUCGGCUCGGGGAUUAGAAACAGUGACCUUUCGGUUACUGGCACAACACUCUUACCCACUAAGCUACCUGCAGCCCACUCACUAACUGUAAGUUGCUCUGGAUAAGAGCGUCUGCUAAAUGACAAAAAUGUAAAAUGUAUAUGGUUAUAUUAUCUAAAAAUAAUGGUGCAACAGUAAAUCUAAUAUUAUUUUAGAACAAAUGCGCUUUCUCCCAUGUUGGAUGUGGUCGCUGUUUGUGGUUCUGAAACCAUUUUCAGUGCCCUGUAGAAUUGGCGGCUUUCCUUAUGUUGCUAUGUGCAUAAUAGCAAAACUAAACAGCAUGUUGGGAUAGAGAACAAUGCGGUGGAGGCAGCAGCGGCAGAGACAAGGAAACAGCCCAUGCCUUAGCCUUAGCCUAAUUGUCUUAAGAAAAUUGAGGAGAGAGGAUACCCUAAUUUAACUAGGUCUAUAAUCAAUAGCCUAACUGUUAAAUGUGCCUGGCUUUAUAAAUCAUCCAUAUAUAUCUACAGAAAUAUGACACAUCUUGCUUCUGUUGCCUUUUUGAGUGUUUAGUAGCCUACUAAUUCCGUGGCAAAAAGCCUCAUGCAAUGGCAAAAUGUCGGAUAAAGCAAUGUCACUGAUUUGGCUGUUUUUAGUAUUUGCAAUGCUGUAAUAAAAGCUUUAUUUUUUCCCGUUACAACAGACUGGCAUUACUUAUCAGUUAUUUAUUACUUAUCAUUUGUUCAGUGUUUACACUGUUCCAAACAGGCAGAAAAAUAAUAUUGUAAUCUAACAGCACCUGUUUGUCACACGUAAUAUGCACACAGCACUCUCCUAUACCCUCCUUUUUCUUGAUCUUGUUAUUAUUACAAUUUAUGAUUAUCAUUAUAAUAAAAAGUUGUCGUUAUCAUUAGUAGGCUGUGUAUAGUAGCCUUCUAUAACCACCAUUGAGCUGUAGGCCUAAGAGCGUGUUCUGUUUAUCUUAAUACCGUAACUUACUUAGGCCUAUAUUUCAAUAUAUAGGUUACUGUAUCAAUCAUAAAUGCGUUAAUGCCAUCUCACAGCAUAUGAGACGUUCAUGCUUUGAAAUGCAAUCAAGCAUUUUAGUUUUAAAAUUAAAUGGCUUAACAAAGGGAGCUUUGCUUUGAAUGAUUAUCCUAAACAAUUCAUAAACCCACAAUUCACGAUUGCAUGCACCUAUUUUUAGUCUGCUGUAAUAAAGGCUUUAUAUUAAAAAAAAAUCGUUAGAACAGACUCUUUGGUACACAUAUUUAGUGUUUACACUGUUCCAAAUAGUCCGAAAAAAUAUAUAAUAUUGUAAUCUAACAGCAACUGUUUUGCACACACAAUACUCACGCAACGCUUGCUCCUAUACCCUCCUCUUGAUCUCCAGUAGUUUCCACAACUUGGUCAAAUGUCUUCCACAGAUCUAACUUCCCCUUUCCCUCCUGAGCAACCAGUAAACAUUCGCCAGUUUCGAGUUUCUUUUUCUCGUCGUCCGCAUCCGUUUUGCUGUCGACAUUACUGUGUUUGGAGUUUGUUAUAACCAAUUUAGUGAUGUGAUCACGAUAGGCUAUACAGUGCAUUCGGAAAGUAUUCCGACACCUUCCCCUUUUCCACAUUUUGUUACGUUACAGCCUUAUUCUAAAAUCGAUUUAAAUAAAUAAAAAUCCUCAAUCUACACACAAUACCCCAUAAUGACAAAGCGAAAACAGGUUUUUAGAAAUUUUUGCAAUAUUUUUUAUUUAAAGUACCUUUUACAUAGGUAUUCAGACCCUUUGCUAUAAGACUCGAAAUUGAGCUCAGGUGCAUCCUGUUUCCAUUGAUCAUCCUUGAGAUGUUUCUACAACUUGAGUGGAGUCUUCCUGUGGUAACUUCAAUUGGUUGGACAUGAUUUGGAAAGGCACACACCUGUCUAUAUAAGGUCCGACAAUUGACAGUGCAUGUCAAAAACCAAGCAAUGAGGUCGAAGAAAUUGUCCGUAGAGCUUUGAGACAGGAUUUUGUCGAGGCACAGCUCUGGGGAAGGGUACCAAAACAAUUCUGCAUCAUUGAAGGUCCCCAAGAACACAGUGGCCUCCAUCAUUCUUAAAUGUAAGAAGUUUGGAACCACCAAGACUCUUCCUAGAGCUGGCCGCCCGGCCGAACUGAGCAAUCGGGGGAGAAGGCCUUGGUCAGGGAGGUGACCAAGAACCCGAUUGUCACUGACAGAGCUCCACAGUUCCUCUGUAGAGAUGGGAGAACCUUCCAGAAGGACAACCAUCUCUGCAGAACUCCACCAAUCAGGCCUUUAUGGUAGAGUGGCAAGACGGAAGCCACUCCUCAGUAAAAGGCACAUGACAGCCCGCUUGGAGUUUGCCAAAAGGCACCUAAAGGACUCAGACCAUGAGAAACAAGAUUCUCUGGUCUGAUGAAACCAAGAUUGAACUCUUUGGCCUGAAUGCUAAGCGUCACGUCUGGAGGAAACCUGGCACCAUUCCUACGGUGAAGCAUGGUGGUGGCAGCAUGUUGUGGGGAUGUUUUUCAGCGGCAGGGACUGGGAGACUAGUCAGGAUCGAGGGAAAGAUGAACAGAGCAACGUGCAGAGAUCCUUGAUGAAAUCCUGCUCCAGAGCGCUCAGGACCUCAGACUGGGGUGAAGGUUCACCUUCCAACAGGACAAUGACCCUAAGCACACAGCCAAGACAACGCAGGAAUGGCUUCGGGACAAGUCUCAAUGUCCUUGAGUGGCCCGGACUUGAACCUGAUCGAACAUCUCUUGAGAGACCUGAAAAUAGCUGUGCAUUGACGUUCCCCAUCCAACCUGACAGAGCUUGAGAGGAUCUGCAGAGAAGAAUGGGAGAAACUCCCCAAAUACAGGUGUGCCAAGCUUGUAGUGUCAUACCCAAGACGACUCAAGGCUGUCAUUGCUGCCAUAGGUGAUUCAACAAAGUACUGAGUAAAUGUAAUUUUUCUGCUUUGUCAUUGUGGGGUAUUGUGUGUAGAUUGAGGGGACGACGACAAUUUAAUCCAUUUUAGAAUAAGGCUGUAACGUAACAAAAUGUGGAAAAAGUCAAGGGGUCUGAAUACUUUCCGAAUGCACUGUAGGGCAAGACCUAUUGGUCACAUGCAUGCGAUGCUUGCAUGUUUCACGUAAAGAGAGCAAGGGUUGAGAGAAUAGGGAAUGUUUUUCGUAAACAAAUUAAGGAUUUCAGUAACAGAACUUUUCAGUCAAAAACUAAGUAAGAAACUAAAUGGCUGAAAUGAUGUUGCAGCUUCAGCAUGGACAGCUGAAUAAACACUUGCUGUGGUGCCUUUUUGCUGCAAUAGCUAGGAGAGCGAGACAUGCGCCAGUCACACAGGCAGUGUAACCAUAGGGUUCUUUCUUGAGUCAUUUGUGUGUCUUCAUUAUUUAAUCAAACAGUGUGCUUAAAGCAUCAGACAAGGUCAGUGUAUAUGUAGUUGAUUUUAUUCAAAAUAAGUUUAAACAUUUCAACCAAUCGAUUGGUCGAAAGAACAGGAUGACUCGGCCGACAAAUCUUUUUUUUUGUCGCUACUAGACACUUUUGCAAGUCGAUACUUAACUUUGCGUAAAUGUUACGAGCUAGUUGAUACUACAUUUGAAAUGUGUUGGUUCAAAGUAGGUAGUACAAUUUUUGAUUGGUUGAUUCUUGUGAGUAUUUAGGGUAUACGGUUGAUUAACUGCUGACUGGAUUACUCUGGCACCAGCAUGUGGGACUGAUGAUACACAUGUUGAGGGCUCUGGUUUAUGCGUUCUUUUCAUCUUCCCAGACUGUGGAGCAAGGCUAUCUUUGCCGGGUACAAGCGUGGUCUAAGGAACCAGCGGGAGCACACCGCCCUGCUGAAGGUGGAGGGAGUGUACACUCGGGAGGAGGUUGACUUCUACCUUGGCAAGCGCUGUGCUUACGUCUACAAGGCUAAGAAGUAAGUUUCACAUCUUCUGUCUCAUAGCGAAUUUCCAUUAAGGACACCCUGGUGUUUUACCAAAAAGGAGGACUUUUGUGUUUCCACCCCCAUGGCCCGCCUCCAGUGCAUCACUGGGCCAUGGCCUGACUUUGGGCCACUGGUACUUUUCAGCUGGCGUUUACAUAGCAUUUAAAUCGCUAUGGAAACACAGUUCCCCAGAGGACAAUAUUCAGAAAAUAUUUGAAAACCCACACUAAGUAGACUACUUGAUUGACAACGAUUCUUUCUUCUGUAAAAAUGCAAACAACCUUUCAGACUAUUUCAAAAUGUAGAUAAGAUUUAGUACAGACUAGGCCUGACCCAAAAUGUUGAAAUGGUAGCCUACUUUGACAACUCAUUGAAUGCAACAAGUAUUAGAGACUGAUAGAGAGAGAAGAUGCAAAACACAACAACUGUGCAGAGACAUAUUUCACACUGUCACUUUAGUGUUUGCAUUUAGCCUACAACAUGUCAUGGAACUUCUGGGAGCAUGGCCACUCCGGAUGCACACCACACACCCUCUACCUCGCGUUAAACUUCUCCUGCUUUCAAAUGAGUUACAACUCAGUCCACAAGCCCUGGUGCCACACUCUUGGCUCCCCUCUUCCUGCCAUAUCACAAAGUGAAUGCUAAAGCUGCAUUUUGAAUGCCUUCAGGAACCAGCGUCAGCGUUUACUGGGAAGGGUUCUUUAGAGGGACCCACACAAUGUACGCAUUUAUGAUGGGAAUGUUGAGCAUCCCCAAAAUACAUACUUCCACCAUUUUCUGCCUGUGCGUCCAACAUUGUAUAGCUCCUCAGUUGGUCAAGAUGGUCAACCCCGCCCAUUUUCUUGUUGUAAUCCAUUAAAUGCCCUGGAACAGAUAUAAGUUCCUACCACUUUUAAAAACAUCUUCAAAGCCACUAUCACUUUAGGCUUAGGCUGUGUGGUUGAAUGGUGGGACUUGGGGCAGACACUAUUUGCAGUUUGUAUAGAAGAGCCACUUCUUUGGAGUAACUUUGUUCUUGUUUUAAUUUAGUUCCAUGACAAAAGACUGAAUCUGCUCACUGUCUCCUUCAAUCUCAUCAGGAACACAGUGACUCCUGGUGGCAAGCCCAACAAGACGCGGGUAAUCUGGGGUAAAGUCAUGCGCGCUCAUGGCAACAGUGGAAUGGUGCGGGCCAAGUUCAGCAGUAACCUCCCGGCAAAGGCCAUGGGACACAGAGUCAGAGUGGUGAGUAGUACCUUCUUCUGCUCUUUCAUCAUUAUUAGCGCAAGGUUUCUUCCGGUACCCGCAGACAGUCCAGUUUUGUUCAAGCCCUGCACAGGCCUUUUUUGCACUAUAAAGGGUUCAAGUAAAAACUAAUACAGCUCAAAGGAAUUUGCUGCGAGCCAACUGUAUAGAAUAUUGUUUUAUCCCUACACAACCGCACCUGAUUUAAACUACACAGCUAAUCCGUAUACUUUUGAUUAGUUGAGUCAGGUGUGCUUUUGUAGGGCUUGAACAACUAUGUCUAAUGUGAGAGUUACUUUAGGAAUGAAUUUGGAUAAACUUGAACUUUUGUUAGUUCUUCAAGGAACUACCAUGUAAUUCCAGAUCACCUCAAAACCGAUUUUGUCAGAGGAAAAGGGUCUUAAUCUUUGGAUAAAAAAUACAAAAAGUGGCUUUGUAUGCAACAUCCGUAACAAAUAACUUGUAGAACGGCAAAGUGCUUCAUUUCCCACAUUUUGGUUGGUUCAACACGUUUGUUUUUUAACCACCUUUGGGCAGGCAAAGGUUAGUAAAGUGCUUUGCCUGCUCAUAGUUGUUUAAAAUCACAUGAUGCACACCAGAUGUCAUUAGUAUCUUUGGAUUGUCAUCGUGUAACAACUUGUCUUCUAUCUUUUUUACUAUGAAAGAUAGAAACCCACCGUUUCCUGCAGCUUAUUAAGUCGACCAGUCUUGCUGCAGUGCGGUUCUGGUGUGCAAUGGCUGCAGACAGUGGCCAUGUCCGAAUAUCCAUACUAGCGCAGGGCUCGACAUGUUGGAAAGAAAAUAGAUUGAAGUUGUCCGGGUGGACAACAAUCAAACAAUUACUCCAAUCAGACUUGGCUCAGAGGCCAACAUUUGGAAUAAUAAAUAAAAAAUAAAGGCUAAAUGUCAGUGUAGGCGAUAUGCAUAUUGGCUACAGCCUCAUCUCCAAACCGAUGCUGAUAUGAGGGAGGCGCCAGAAAAUGUAGCCAAACUUUAAUGAGACUUUUAAUUACAUAAAUAUAGGCUAAACGCCAGUCAUGUUUGACAAAUAUAUAAUGAAGGAUAACUAACAUUAACGUCGAAAGGUUUGAUUCAGUCGACAUACUCGAGGCAUGGUUCAUUUCGAUCAAAUGGACAGUGUUUUCCUGCUAAUUGCAUUUUGGAACAUUCGCGUAUAGUGCAUUGUUGAGCUUAUAAUAUGAAGAACAUUUUAACUUUAUCAACACUUUAAGAUAAAUGGUCUGCUUUUAACAAUUUUACAUGGUUGAAUGAAUUUUGUAUCUGUCGUCCCGGAACUGUCCCAGAGUCUGUUUUGAACCGUAUACAUAUUUUUUUUAGAGUCCCAGGGAAGACGGGACAACCUUGAUUUCGAGCCCUGGAGGGAAUAAUUUUAUGAAGACAAAGACAUAUGGAAUUGUUUUAAGAUGGUCAUACCAUGGAUCAUUUAGCUAUUUUACUUAGAAUUUUAGGACCCCUUUAGGUAUCCCAAAAAAAAUUCGGAAAAUGAUUUGAUAAAAUAUUGAAUUUGGCCUUUACUACUGUAGCCUAUAGAAAUGCAUUGAAUAACACAUUCAUAAAUGGCAAAAGACAGUCAAAAAAGUAUUCAUAAGGAACAAGGUUUUGAAGUGUCUGUCCUGUAUCUAGGAGAUAUAAGAAAGCGCAGGAUUUUUUAAAAUAUUGUUUUUUACACUAUUGUAACGGUAACCUUAAGAUGAGUCCCGUAACACUUGUGGGGGUCGUAGAGCAAAACUGAGGACACCAUCGUGUUCAUGAGUCUCCCCUUUUCCAUAUAGUAGUCAUACUAGUUUUGUAGGCCAAACCGUUCGUACAGUAUACGUUUCCGUGAAAAUACCCAUUUUCAGGACGUCUCAUGGUCUGACAAACACUGCUGUAGCUCGGCCACCUUCCACUGCAGAUGCGGAAGGCCACCACAGGCGGAUGCUGAUUGAGACGCAGCCCAUGCAAAAAACAUAUCUCUAGCUUAAACUGACAGAUUUUGGUGGGUAUUCUUUUAUUAUGUUAGAUCGACUCUAGGGUUUUUUAAAGUGGCAGUGUUGUAUUUUGAGAUAGGCUUGAAUAUGCAACUAAUCCAAUAAGCAGAGUGUAGCCUCCAUUUUUGUCUGAUUCACUGGUACAAAAUAUAGUAAUGCAUUUUCUUUUUUAAAAGUGGUUCCUUGCAUCAUAUAAUGAUGUAAAAAUGGUGUUGUGGACCAUUUUUUAUUUUUGGACAAGUAAAAAAUCAGUCCUACUUAUCCAGAGGACAAGUGGCAAAGAAAGGUUACUUGUCAAGCACUGUAGCGUACUAAAUAUUAUGCGAAAUUGUGUGAAGGGUACUCAGGAAUGCGUCAUCUAAUGCGUGAUUACGUUGACUCCAGCCAUUCGUUCAUUUUGGUACAUCGUGUCAAUUUAGCUGAUUAUUGGCUGUUGCGAGUCGGAAAAGACAAGUUAAUUCUAUUAGAUCAAUCACCAAAAUGAGUAUGCAGUUUAAGUAUGUAGUAUGCUAGUAUGGAUAUUCGGACAUGUCCAGUGACUGGUUGUGUAUGAGGCCAGCUGGGAGGUGCUGAGAAAAUAAAUAAACUCACCGUUUUCAGAUGUUGGGGUGGUGCUGGAGAAAAUGGGUGGGAUUUCCCUGAAAGGCACUUUGCCUUCAGGCAUUUUGGUUUCCUUAAAUGUUUAUCAUUGGCAGUGUCACACCGUGUGACACUACUUAUUAUUGCAGUGCAUCUGGGUUGUGGGGAGAAACAACAUACUACUGAAGUUACAAACGCUUUGGGAAACCCACUGCUGAAAAAUAAAGGAUUUGUUUUCCUUACCAAAGUUUAAGCUAAAAAAUCACUAACCUUUUCAUGAAAUCUUAAUGGAUUGUUUUUAGUGAUAAGAAUUAUGUAGGCUUUAUUUUAAUACUUACCCUCUCCUACAUGACCACUACAUAUUGGGCAAGUGCUUGAAAAACAUCUUAAAGUGCCAAUUACCCACUCACUGUAUGGCUGUGGUUUGUAUUGAUUUGGUGCCUAUGGACUCCACUCACUGCGCUCUCUGCUUUUGUCUUUCAGAUGCUGUACCCGUCUCGUGUGUAAUGUGCUGUUUUUGUGUACAUACAAUAAACAAGUCAGGUCCAUAA